AUGUCUCCACGGCUAUCGGACCGCUGUCGGGAGCUCUCCCAUCCUGAUGUCUUCCAGUUCUCAGUCUCAGUCUUCAUUGUCUUCGGGAUUCUGGUCUCCUACCUACCGCAACACUGGAAAAUAAUACAUCGACGGUCGUCCGCCGGUCUCUCGCCUCUAUUUGUACUUCUAGGGACCAUAUCGGGAACGGCUAGCAUUGCGAACAUCUUGACAUUGCCGGAGAGCACAAGGGAUAUGGGAUGUUGUAAACAAAUUGGAGCCUUCCCAUGCGCAGCAGCUCUGCUUGGGAUAGUGCAGAUUGGCGUGCAAUGGACGUGUUUCUUCUUCAUUAUGCUCCUCUUCCUUAUCUUCUUUCCCCGCAACGCGCAAGAGACUGCCGAAGACGAAGUCGGCUUGCCAACAUGGAAAGAAGCAAUUUUGGUUCUCUCUCUUUCCCUCCUGUUCUUUCUAUUCGCGUUUUUCGGAUCCGUAAUCUUCGCAUACGGCCUACCUGAGCAUAUCCGCGGCUGGGCCAACUUCUUGGGGGUCACGGGAAGCAUCCUCGCGGGGAUACAAUACGUGCCACAGAUCAUUACGACUUGGCAAAGGCAGACGAUUGGGAGCCUCAGCGUGCUCAUGAUGUGCAUUCAGACGCCUGGGAGCUUCGUCUUCGCGGCCAGUUUGGCGGCGAGACUAGGCCCAGGUGGAUGGAGCUCCUGGAGUCUCUUCAUCUUAACAGGCUGUCUACAAGGCUGUCUGCUGGCGAUGUGUUUGUGGUUCAUGUGGAGGGACAGGGGCUCAAAGAAGACAGCAGGUGCAGACGACAUUGGAAACGGGGACGAGGGUGAUCGCAGUGAACGAACACCGUUACUUGGGAAUGAGGUUACUCGUGGCGCAUAG